UCGUUUUCAAAGAAACCACAACAAAAAAUGUCGGAAGACGAGAAGUUAUUAAAAGAAGCGAAGAAACUGCCGUGGGAAGAUCGUCUAUUACAUAAGAACUGGAAGGUCAGAAACGAUGCCAAUAUCGACCUUGCCGUCGUCUGCGAUUCCAUAACUGAUCCUAAGGAUCCCCGUCUCAGAGAAUUCGGUCCUUUUUUUAAAAAGGCGGUUGCUGAUUCGAAUGCUCCUGUACAAGAUAAAGCUCUUGAUGCCCUUAUUGCCUUCUUACGAGCUGCUGAUGCCGAUGCUGGAAGAUUUGCGAAAGAAAUAUGCGACGCCAUUGUUGCCAAAUGCCUCACUGGUCGGCCCAAGACGGUGGAGAAGGCGCAGAUGGUGUUUUUGCUUUGGGUGGAGUUGGAGGCCAUGGAAGUGUUCCUGGAUGCUAUGGAGAAAGCAAUUAAAAAUAAAGUUGCUAAGGCAGUUGUGCCAGCUAUAGAUGUCAUGUUUCAAGCUCUCAGUGAAUUUGGCACAAAAGUAGUUCCCCCCAAAAGAAUUUUGAAGAUACUUCCUGAACUUUUUGACCACCAAGACCAAAAUGUUCGUGCAUCUUCUAAAGGAUUGACACUCGAGCUUUGCCGUUGGAUUGGAAAGGACCCUGUGAAAUCAAUCUUAUUUGAGAAAAUGCGGGAUACUAUGAAAAAAGAGCUGGAGUCGGAACUUGUGAAUGUUUCGGGUGCAGCGAAGCCAACACGCAAAAUUAGAAUUGUUGGGUCUAUCUGGAUUGUGGUUUCUCCAGUUGUCGAUAGUGAUAGACGUAAUAUACAGGAGAAUAACAUAGAAAUUAUAUUGAAAUUUUAA